AAUUACCCCCACUGAUUCUGUUCGCUUCUUAGGGGUUAUCCUAGAUCCCAAACUUACUGGCGAUAUACACAUGGAGUCUGUAAUCAAUAAAGCCAGAAAGGUGGCUGACGUCAUCUCCGCUCUUCGAGGGGUUUGGUGGGGAUCUCAUCCUCAGCUACUCCUCAAUAUUUAUCGCGCAGUCUUGCGAGGUUAUAUCGAGUAUGCCUCUCACAUUUUUUCGCUUAAAUCAAGUCCUAAAUUUCACCGCCUCGAAAUAAUUCAGAACAAAGCCAUUAGAGCCUGCUUGGGCUAUCGAAUUUCAACCCCCAUCAAUACCAUGUUCGCAGAAGCUAAGGAGCCGCCACUUAAACUUCGUCUCAAAUUCCUGGCGGCAAAAUACCUAAUCAAAAUUAUGUCUAUUACUGAUCAUCAGGUUUUGGAAUCCAUGUUUCGACUAGCGCUUACAUCCCGAGAAUAUCCUGCGGGCAUGACAUAUUGUCGAGAAAAAUUUCCCCUCUUCGACUUAUUUCUUCAACUUAAAUCCCUCCGACCUUCGCUACACACUGCAGUAGCCCCCCCUCCUUUCCAGCAUUCUUAUCAAACUAUUCUCUUUACUCCCAUACUUUAUCGUCCGGAACAAGAUUUUAUGGACCUUAUUGAUCAACUCCCCAAAUACACCGUUCAAAACCUAUUCCUUCAAGCGUUUGAUCCCAUUAUACGAGACUCCAUUGUAUUCUAUACGGACGGUUCCAAGAUGGAUUCGGCAAAUUGGGUGGGAGCCGCGUGCUUUUCGCCACAACUACAACGCAGCCUGAUGUUUAAACUCCCAGCUCGAGCUUCAAUCUUCACAGCUGAAGCUUGGGCCAUAUACAAUGCCGUUCUACUCACUUUAGACUUAGAUGCUUCCAAAUUCACCAUUGUCUCAGAUUCAAAAAGCGUUUUGGAGGCGCUUACAAAUCCUGUCACGUGUCGCUCAAAUUAUUUAAUCCCUCUAAUUAAAUCCAAAAUUAUCUACGCACAAGAGCGUGGGAAAAACAUUCAGCUAGUGUGGAUUCCCUCUCAUAAAGGUAUCACGGGAAAUGAGAUUGCGGACGAAUUCGCCAGAAAGGCUAUCAGCUAUACACUCUGUGGACAAAGCUGGCCGUAUUGUCCUCGGUUAGAGGCAGGAGCCAACGAAAUUAAAGAAGAAGAAGAAGAAGUUCGGUGA